AUGGAACCCAGAUUUUGCGCACAGUGGCAGUCUCUCCAGAAGAGAUCACGCCUUUUCGCAAAGCUCGACUGGGAGCUUCGAUUUCGUAUAUACUGCGAGCUAUUUGGUCGCUCCCGAGUUCACGUUGCUCUCUUUGAGUCCAAGGACUCGAACAAAUAUCUCUAUCAUCCUAAGCCAACGGGUUGCUGGCGCUACCGCAGAUGCGAUGAGGGUUCAUCUCCUAGAGUACCCGAUGAGUCUCUCUUCCUGCCAAACUCUGGGCAAUGUCUGGAAGGGAUGAAUAUUAUCUAUACAUGCCAACGAGUGUACAACGAGGCUCUCCCGAUCCUGCUCUCAAAUACACUGGUUCUCCACGAUCCAAAGCAAUUCCGUCUUUACGUGCAUCACUGUCCCUUCAGUGAAAACGUUAAAGAAACCAGAUCAUUCGAGAUCUAUUGCUCCUUUCAGUUGAGUGAGCCAAGAGGGGUCCCUCAGCUCGAAUGGCUCACUGAUAUCUUUCCUGGACCUCUUUAUAGCGAUCAAUUUACACCCAGACGCGAGAUAACUCUCCAUCUCUAUGGUGUUCAGGGAAAGGGUGCCAACACUGAGUAUCGUUGCACACCUGAGGCUAAAGAGAGAUUCUUGAGAUCGCUCCGGCGGUUUAUGUUCCGGUCUACCGUGGGAGGCCAUAUCUUCUUGCCGGGAAAAUCAAAGGAGUCAGCGCGCGAGAUGGCCUUGAUGUGCUUUCAGGAGAAACGCUUCACUUUCCACUCGGAAGAUAUCAGGCAUGGCCAGGAUUUGCGGCAAUUGUGA